CUGACGUAAUUACGUAAAACCAACGUUCGACCAAUCACGCCUCUUUACUACUGGUAACGUUUUAGGUGUAGCUUGUGCCAUAGCGCGGGAAAAUCGACAGUAGCUGUUUUGAAUGGCAUUCUAAAGUUUUCGGAAACUUAUUAUCUCUCCUAAACAAGUUAUGGACCCCUCGGAGGUCGAGUUCCUCGCCGAGAAGGAGAUGGUGAAGAUAAUACCCAAUUUCAAUCUAGAUAAGUUAUAUUUAAUCGGGGGAGAUUUGGGUCCUUUUAACCCUGGCCUGCCGAUGGAUGUGCCCGUGUGGUUGGCCCUCAACCUGAAACAGAGACAGAAAUGUAGAGUGGUUCCACCUGACUGGAUGGAUGUUGAGAAACUUGAGGAGGUGCGAGAGCUUGAGAGGAAAGAGGACACGUUCAUGCCUGUCCCCAGUCCAUACUACAUGGAGCUGACCAAGCUACUGUUGAACCAUGCGUCUGACAACAUCCCCAAAGCUGAUGAGAUCCGCACACUGGUCAAAGACAUCUGGGACACGCGCCUCGCUAAACUCCGCCUGUCUGCUGACAGCUUCAUCCGUCAGCAGGAAGCUCAUGCCGAGCUGAACAACUUGACUCUGAUGGAGAUCAACACCAUCAGAGGGCUCCUCCUGGAUUCGCUCAACUGCAUGUACAAGCUACGCUCCAAUCUGCAGCGGGGAUCCAGGAUGAGGAAGAGUGUCUCACCAGGGAGCUGUGCUGGAGGGCUCUUACACAGCGGAUGAGGGGCAUGUCUGAUGGUAUCCAAGGUAACACUCUUCUCUUUAAUGGCUUGAAGCAUCUCCGCUACCCUUUCAUUAUCUACAAGAUGGAGGGAAGGAAAAAAAAUCAAAAUGAUGAUUGAUUUUCGGCGUCUUUGUCUCUUGAUGUGUGUGCGCUGUCUGACAGUAUGUGCGCUGUGUUUCUCACAACAUCACUGAAUGUCUACCACUGACACUCGCCGUUUUCAAGAUACACAUAUAGAGCCCCCAUCUCAAAUUGCAUCAUACAUACAAUUUAAAUACGUACGUUAAUGACACAGGAAAUUGAGGGUGAGAUGGUGGCGGCUGGAGUCAACAUGUUAAUGAGAGGCGGGUGCAUGUGAAGCAGAACGCUCUCGGCUGAAGGGAAGCGUCUGUGAGCUGUGGAGCCCACUGAGAAUGACUACAAUGCUCGGAGAGCUAAUGAGUAUGAGAUGGUUUUGCUUUGCUCUGCUAGAAUGAGAUGCAGCACUAAUACGAGUCACUGGUGAAGAUGUCAGCACGCCAC